AUGUUCGGCCUGCGCACCCCACCCCAAAACAAGGCCAAACCGGCCCAGACCACGAAAACCGCGAAGAAGACGAUAGACGGGGCAGCCUCGGGGCCCCCGUCACGGACGAGCCCUGUCAAGGGGCCUACCCCUACAAUGAGUAAGGAUAAGGCGGGGGCGGUGGGGGCUCCGGAGCUUCUGAAAGAAGCUAUGCUCCACAGUCCUCACCGUCUGUCCCGCCAAUCCAUUGAGGAUAGUGGGACGAAGUCCAGAUUGGAAGUGGCUGAUGAGCUGAGGCGACGCUGCGUGGCGGCCACGACCAGCUCAAAGUACCUAAAACGGGAGUUGAGGCAAGAGAUCGAAAUUAACAUAUUGACAAAACUACGUCACAUAACUGCGGUGCUCGCAAUAGUGACGCUGUCAUCAAGCAGUAUCGUCAAAAAGCCAAACGACGAUGGCAAGAACUUCGAAUUACUAAUACUUCAUAACAACGACAUGCACGCGAGGUUUGAACAGACGUCCCAGCUCAGCGGCACUUGCACCAUCGCUGAUAGGGAGGCGGGAAAAUGUUAUGGUGGUUUCCCCAGAGUUGCACACGUGGUAAAAGAGGCAAGAAAGGCAGCUGCAUCUGGCGAGGGUCCUCCAGUACUGUAUCUCAACGCCGGGGACACCUACACAGGAACCGCCUGGUUCACUAUCUAUAAAUGGAAAAUAGCCGCUGAGUUCCUUAAUGCUUUACAACCGGAUGCAGUUUCUCUUGGGAACGGCGACAUCAAAAAGGGAUCCAAUGAACUAACACCAUUCCUUACGAAUUUGAAAUCUAAUGUUAUAGCCAGUAAUGUAAUUUUAAAUUCAGAGGAGGCUAAACAUAAGAUUAAAAAAUCGGUAGUAUUAGACAUUAAUGGCGCUAAGAUUGGAAUUGUUGGUUAUCUCACUCCCAAAUCUAAUUUAUUAGACAACACUAACAACAUUGAAUAUAUUGAUGAAGUUAUUGCUGUACAAGAUGAAGUAAAUAAACUUAAAGAUCAGGGUAUUAAAAUUAUUAUAGCCUUAGGAGAAUCAGAACUUGGAAAAGAUGAAAAUAUAGCAUCGGAAGUUGAUGGUAUUGAUUUUGUAAUUACUGGUCAUCAAAAUAUUUUCUAUUCUAAUGGUACAAAUGCUGAAAAUGAUUUUGAGAAAGCUAUCAAGCCUUAUAUUGUGUUACAAAAAUCUGGAAAAAAAGUACCUAUAAUCCCAUCAUUUGCAUACAAUAAAUAUUUAGGAAAAAUAGCAAUAACAUUCAACGCCGAAGGAGAAUUAACAAACUACCAUGUAGACUCGAUUUUGCUUGAUAAAUCCAUACCUCAAAAUAUAGAAACUGCUCAAAUUGUUACAAGACUUGCUGAAGAUAUUACUUCAUCAAAUGUAGAAAUUGGUAACACUGUUGUUGAGCUUGAUGGAGAAACGUGUAGUGUAGAGGAAUGUAAUUUCGGUAAUUUAGUGUUAGAUUCGGUAAAUUUAUACUAUGCUACUAGAUACAAUGGUAGUGAUUGGACUGACGCCCCUAUAUCAAUAAUAAAUGGAGAUGCUUUCGCACACUCUAUAUCACCACAAAACCGUCCCUUCCCAAUCAGUAGAGCAGAUUUAUAUUCCGCUCUACCAGAGUCGAGUAAUCUGGUUACUGUUACAAUGAAUGGAACAAUACUUAAGCUGGUUCUUGAACAUUCCGUAUCUGAUUAUACGAUCAAUAACACAUCAGGUCGUUUCUUACAGUUUUCUGGUAUAAGAGCCCAGUACGAUUUAGCUAAAGAACCAGGUUCUAGGUUAGUAAAUGCAGUGGUACGCUGUUGGAAUUGUUUGGUACCUCAGUUUUUCUCAAUAGAUAAUUGGAGAAGCUAUAAAGUUUUGAUGCCAUCUUCUUUGGCUAAUGGCAACAAAGGCUACUCUAUGUUAGUAGGUUUACCAAAAGAAGAACUUGAAUAUGAUAUAAUAACUUGUACAAGCGAAUACCUUCAAAUGAGAAGCCCUAUAUAUCCAGAAGUUGCAGAACGUGUCGUAUUACUCAAUAAGCCGUCGUAUCCAGGCUCCGCCACAGCUUUAACUUCAUCUUUCAUAGUCUUUGCAUUAGUUCAAUUAACAUAUAUAUUGGGUCCUUAUCCUACAAUAGUAAAGCAGCACUCAGGAAGUCUUGUGCCGGUAGUGCAAGCUUAUGCAUACACAAAAUAUUUAGGAAAACUACAUUUAAUAUUCGAUUCUAAUUGAGAAAUAAUAAGUUAUGAUGGAAACCCAAUACUUUUAAACAAUUUCAUACAACAAGAUCCUGCCGUAUUAAAUGUGGUAAAUAAAUAUCGAGAAAACAUUAUAAAGGUAUCAGACGUAAGAGUCGGUAGCUCUUUGGUGAUUUUAGACGGCGUAUCCUGUCGCUUACAAGAAUGUAAUUUAGGAAAUAUGAUAGCUGACGCAAUCGUUGACAAAUACGCUAAAGAAUAUAGAGGAUAUGGUUGGUCCGACGCGCCGAUUGCCAUCAUCCAGGGAGGACGAAUCCGAGCGUCAGUUUCACAUGUGGAUCAAAGAUUUAAUAUUACCAAAGGAGAUCACUUUACUGUCAUGCCUUUUGAUGGACAUAUUGUAAAGGUAGCAGUUAAUGGCUCAAACGUACAGAAAAUGCUCGAACAUGCUGUAGCUGAAUAUAACACAACACGUGCAACUGGACAAUUUUUAAAAAUGUCUGGAAUGAAAGUAGAGUACUAUUUCAAAAAACCUCCGGGAAGGCGAGUUGCAAAAGUACUAAUGAUUUGUGGGAAAUGUAAAAUCCCUAUUUACACGCCUCUUACUGUGUCUAAAAUUUACAACAUAUUAAUGAAUGAAUUCCUCUCAAUGGGAGGUGAUGGAUUCCCAAUUUCACUUGGAAACCAUGAAUUUGAUCGUGGCGUUAGCGGAUUGACUCCGUUCAUACAAAACCUUUCAUGCCCUAUUUUAGCGGCAAAUCUUGAUUUGACCAAAGUUCCUGAUUUAGAAAAAGAGACUAAUCUAAGAAAAUCUGUGGUUUUCAAUAUCUCUGGUAUCUCAGUCGGCGUAAUAGGUUACUUAACACCUGAAACGAAAAUAUUAGCGAUAAAAAACGAUGUUGAGUAUGUUGAUGAAAUUGUUGCUAUAAGAGAAGAAUUAAAAAAGUUGAAAGGUGAGGGCGUUAAUAUUAUAAUAGGGCUAGGUCACUCUGGCUAUUUACGGGACUUAGAGAUUGCAAAAGAAGUAGAUGGCCUUGAUUUAGUUAUUGGCGGACAUUCAAAUACAUUUCUAUGGAACGGUACAAGCCCCGACUCAGAAAAAAUUCAAGGACCUUAUCCUACUUACGUCACACAAGCAUCAGGUAAGCAGGUCCCUGUGGUGCAGGCUUAUGCUUACACAAAAUAUCUUGGUAAAUUACAUAUGUUAUUCAACAGUAAAGGAGACUUGAUUAGCGCAGAUGGACUUCCUAUUUUAUUAGAUAAAACAAUUCCUCAAGACCCAGAUGUUUUAGAAAUCGUUAAGCGAUACAGUACUGAUAUUUUGAAUUACACGGAAGAAGUAAUAGGUACAACAGCAGUAGGUUUAGAUGGUCUUAGUUGUCAGCAACAAGAAUGUAAUAUGGGUAACCUCAUAGCUGACGCUAUGGUUUAUUAUUACGCAAGAGAAUACAACAGCAGUAAACAUUGGACAGAUGCACCUAUAGCUUUAAUUCAAGGCGGAGGCAUAAGAUCGUCAAUAACGCAAAUAGAUCUGCCAAUUACUAUUACUAAAGGUGAUUUGAUGGGAGUAUUACCAUUUGAAGGAGGUCUUGUUGUAGUAACAAUGAGCGGUCGUAUUCUGUUACAAAUGUUAGAACAUUCGUCUCUCGGCAAUCACGAAUUCGACGAAGACAUUGGUGGAGUCGUGCCUUUUAUAAGAAACCUGACGUCACCUGUUCUAGCUGCUAACCUCAUUCUUACUCACGUGCCUGAUCUUGAAAAAGAAGCCAAUUUGUACAAAUCAAUAGUAAUCAUUAAAAACGGCGUCAAAAUCGGAAUUGUAGGCUAUUUAACUCCAGAAACUAAAUUUCUUGCACCAAAAAAUAAUGUAGAAUACGAAGAUGAAGUCGUAGCUUUAAAAAAAGAAGUAUAUAAACUAAAACAAAUGGGAAUAAAAAUAAUAAUAGCUUUAGGUCAUUCAGGUUUUUUGACAGAUUUGUUAAUCGCCGAAGAGAUUGAAGACCUAGAUUUAGUAAUAGGUGGUCAUUCCAAUACUUUUCUCAUAAAUAAUAGUACAGAUGAAAUACCCGAAUAUCCACAAGGUCCUUAUCCUACCGUAGUGAAACAAAAGUCAGGUCGAAAAGUUCUAGUAGUACAAGCUUACGCUUAUACAAAAUAUCUAGGAAAAUUGCACUUAAUUUUUGAUAAUCAAGGUGAAAUUAUUUAUUACGACGGUGAACCCAUACUAUUAAAUAAAGUAGUCCCAGAAGAUCCAGAGCUUUUAGAAAUGGUUUAUCGAUAUAGAACUGAUGUCGAUAACGUUUACAAUGACGUAGUUGGUACUUCAUUAUAUUUUCUUGAUGGUGACUCUUGCCGCCUUAAGGAAUGUAAUUUAGGAAACUUCAUUAACGACGCCAUAAUAAAUUACACAAAACAGUAUUACGAUGAAUAUUCUGACGUUAACAUAGCUGUAACUCAAGGAGGUAGGAUUAGGACAUCUAUAAACGGUGAAGGAAAACCAUUUAAAAUUACAAGGGGUGAUUUAAUUGCUGUCAUACCGUUUACUGAUACAUUAUGCAUAAUGUCCAUGAAUGGAGCCACACUAAGAAAAGCCAUGGAACAUUCGGUAGCAUCGUGGAGAAAAAUCGACACUCCUGGUCAAUUUCUACAAUUUUCUGGAAUGCAAGUCGUUUAUGAUUUAGCUAAAGAGCCUGGCUCUCGAUUAGUUAAAGCGAAAGCAAUUUGUUCAAGCUGUUCUGAACUAAAUGAUAUUAAAGAUAAUCUCGAGUACAAAGUGAUAACGUCCAGUUUUCUGUGCGAUGGAGGAGAUGGAUAUGAAAUGUUUGAAUCUCUUCAAAAAGAAAUAGUACCCUAUAACGAAAUAACUUGUGCUAUAGAUUAUUUGAAAAAAUUUAGUCCUAUAAAACCAAUUGUUUCAACGAGAAUAAGUAUUAUCAAUGCUGAUAAUGUCCAAUCCGCUAGAUUUUUGCCUUCGAAAGGAUGGUCAGUUACAUUUAGCAUUAAAAUUAUUUUUAUAGUCUGUUCAACGUUAUUAUUUACCUAAUGUUAUUAAUAAUUUAAUUAUAAUUCUUUGUUUGUUAUCUAAGGAACAAAUAUUUAAAUAUAGAAUUAACAUUC